CCGCCGGGCCCGCAGACGGCUCUGGCUCCGGCUCCGGCUCCGGCAGCCUCGCGGCCGCCCCAAGCUCGUACGACCCGGCCUUUACGCACGAGGCCCGGCUCGCCGACGCCGCACGCGUCCGGGCCGCCCACUUUGGCUCCAACGACCCGGAGCGCGAGCUCGUGACGUUUGGCGUGUCGCCCGACGAACCCGAGUCGCAGCCCACGGAAAAGACGGUGCGCGAGAUUGCCGAGGCCCGCGAGCUGGGCGCCCGCCUCAUCACGAUGCACGUCGCCAUGGGCCCCUGCGACGGCGCCCGGCGGCACAUUGUCCAGCAGCUCGCCGACGCGGGCGUCCUGGGGCCCGACCUCGUCUUCAGCCACGGCGCCUCCUUCACCGACGGCGAGCUGGCAGCCAUCCGGGCAUCCGGCGCGGGCAUCGUCGGCACGCCCGACACGGAGCUGCAGAUGGGCAUGGGCUUCCCCGUCGUCUUCCGCGCCCGCGACGCCGGCUGCAACGCUUGCCUGGGCAUCGACAUCACAUCCAACCAGGGCAAUGAUUUCGUCGCGCAGAUGCGCCUGGCCAUCCAGGUCCAGCGCGCCUUGCAGAACGAGCACGGCGGGGGGCUCCCGACCGUCGUGGCCCGCAAGACGGCAGAGGUCCUGCACAUGGGCACCCUCGGCGGCGCCCGCGUGCUGCAGCUCGACCACCUCGUCGGCACCCUCGAGGUCGGCAAAAAAGCUGACCUCGCCCUCGUCGCCUGCGACGACCUCGAGACCCUCCCGGUCACGGACCCCGUCGGCGCCGUCGUCUUUCACACCUCCCCGGCCCACAUUGACACCGUCAUCGUCGACGGCGUCGUCCGCAAGUCGGGAGGCAAGCUCGUCGCAGACACCUCCAAGCUCAGGGACGACAUCAGCCGCCGCGGCGCUGAGCUCAAUGCCCUCGCGGCAACGUGCGACCUGACUGAGGCCCGCGUGAGGUGGCUCAAACUGCUCCGGGGGGAGCCUCUCUAGGUCACGUGGUCAUUAGUAUAGUUUAUUCAAGUUGCAUGCAUGUAUAUUUAUUCAUUCCCUUAUGC